GCUGAACCGAGAGCACAAGGAGACGUGUGAAAUGGACUGGUCCGACAAAGUGGAGGCCUACAACAUCGAUGAUACCUGCUCCCGCUACCACAGCCAGAGCACUGAGGUGCAGUCCCACCAGCACUCGGCCCGGCUGGAGGAAAGCGCUUCCACUCCCGAGACGUGGGCCAAGUUCACCCGGGACAACCUGUACCGCGCGGAGCGUGAGCGUCUUGCUUCGGUCAACCUGAGGCAGCUCAUCGACUCCAUCAUGCGGGACACAUCCGAAGACCUUCGGCUGCAGUGUGACGCGGUGAACUUGGCAUUCGGACGCCGCUGCGAGGAGUUGGAAGAUGCGCGCCACAAAUUGGACCACCACCUGUCGAAGUUUCGGCAUCUGGGCGCCUG